AUGGAAUCAGUAUUUUUGCGUUUAUCAAAUUCGGUCACGCUGUCAUGAACACUUACGGCACCAACGAAGCUCUGGCACAGAAGGGUCACUUCUAUGGCGUAUAUUUGCUGUGUAGUCAGAGUCCGGACUUGAAAUAUCGUGGCAAAUGUUAUGUAGGCUUCACGGUUAAUCCCAAGCGUCGCAUUAAGCAGCAUAAUCGUGGCACCGACUUUGGUGGCGCUAAAAAGACCAGCAAAAAGGGACCCUGGCAAAUGGUGAUGAUUGUGCAUGGCUUUCCGAACAAGAUUGUAGCGCUACAAUUCGAGUGGGCAUGGCAGCAGCCUACAUUAUCAACACGACUUAAAAUCUUUGCCGACUUAAAGCGGAAAUUGCCCCGCGAAACGAAUUUUGAUUACAAUUUUCGCAUUGUGAAUCGAAUCUUAGGAGUAGGUCCUUGGCACCGAUUACCGCUUACAAUACGUUGGCUGGAGACGGAAUAUCAGCGAGAUUUUCAAAUGCCAGUGCCACGACAUAUGCACAUCGUAAGCGGCAAAUUGGCCAUAACGGCAUCGCAGCGGCAUUUAAAUGCGAAACGAACUGCAGCUACAGUUGCCUGGUCGUCCGAGUGUCAUCUGUGCAUGCAACCCAUAGAUCAAUCAAAACAUUCCCAUUUCGGUUGUCUGAAUGCCAGUUGCUGCUUAAGCUGCCACAUGCUGUGCCUGGCCAACUAUUUGCUGGACGAUCAGCCUGGUCAGUAUAUACCGAUUGACGGUAAAUGUCCGUUGUGUGCAACGCAUCUAAGCUGGGCCGAAUUGCUCGAGAGGAAAAGGCUCGAAUUGGGCGUACAGAUUGCGGAUCAUAGAGAUGAAGAUGAGCUAAGCGAUUGUUCCGAUGUGGACAGCGAUGUGGAGUAGGUCUGUGAAUUAAAUGAUUAAACCACAAAGAAUUUUGUUUUUCCUUAAGA